CAAUCAUCACUUGUAGCUAAUAAACAGAUGAGCAACGAGGCUUUUGCAGCAGCUGUCAUGCAGUGCUGUUUGUGUAAACUGCGUACCCAUCAGUGGUGUUUCCUCCUGUUCAACAUCUUGCUGUUCCAUGCAUUGCUGUUCGGGGCAGAUUUCGUUGAGGAGUACCUCCUGCAGCCGUCCCCUGUGGUUUACACUGAUGGUAUGGUUGCAGAUGUGAGGGAGAGAGCAAGAAAACUGGACUUGAGCACCAUCAGGCAGAAUGUAUCCAGGGAUUACAUUAUUUCUAAUCCCGAUGCCUGCAGAAAACCUGACCUCUUCCUCCUCGCUCUGGUCUUCAGCUCUCCAGCAAAUAUCACCCAAAGAAAUGCAGUGAGGAGAACGUGGGCAAACCAAACACUAAUUCAAGAAUCUCCCAUUAAGGUACUCUUCUUUACAGCAUCGACUGAAUCUUCUACCACCCAACAGGAUCUCAUCAAGGAGUCUGAACUUCAUGGUGAUUUGAUCCAAAGCCGUGUCGUAGAUGCGUCAUCCCUCUACGGAGCAAAGGAGAACACACUGCUGGCUCUGCGUUGGGUAAUCACGUUCUGUCCUCGGGCAAGUUUGGUUCUUUUGACUGAGGACUCUGUGUUCAUAAACCUUCCUGCCAUUGGAAGCUACCUGCGGGGGCUUCACAGGAAUUCAGAAGACUUGUAUCUAGGCAGAGUGAUCCAGAAAGAGUCCCCUGACAGGAACCCCAACAGUCCACGCUACCUGUCCCGCGUUCUCUACCCUCACAAGUAUCUACCAGAAUACUGUGAAGGAACUGCUUACAUUUUGUCGCAGGAUGUGGUCCGUAAAGUCUACGUUGCAUCGUCGACAGUCCUUACCCCCAUCCCGGUUGACGUUUUUGUAGGUUUCUGUGCUCAGAAAGCCGGUGUCACACCAACUCACAGUGCCAGGUUCUCAGGAGAGAGACACAUCCACUACAAUGCCUGCUGCUAUCGACAUCUGUUCAGCUCAGCAGGAAUGGGGAGCCGAGACCUAGAAAGAGUGUGGCAAGACCUUGAACAGAGAGGUGGAAAAUGUUCCCUGCUUAAGACAUACUCUGGCCUUGUGGCCUGCAAAGUCCGCACAUAUUUGGAUAAAAUGUUAUUACAAAACUCAAAAGAGCAGACUUGACUGUAUUAAUUAAAAUGGCAUAACACUGUGUUCAGAGUAUUUCUGUUAGUUUCCUUUUGUCCACUCUAAAGUGUUACAACAAAAAUCUAAAUCAGCUGAAGUGUAGAUUUGACAUCUGAAAAGAUUAGCCUCUGAGUAUUCAAUGGAUGAAUUAGAUGGAAACUAAUUAUUUUAAAAAAAAGUUCUUGAUUACUUUGUGAUCUGUGAGUACCUAGUUUGGCCCAGUGAAUUUCAUACUUUUUCUGGUUUUCACCUAUUAUUAAUUGUUAGGUUCACUUGCUUGAAACCUGAAAUCUGGAAAGUAUUUAGCAAUAUGUAUUGGACUGCUAAAUCCCAGCAACAAGCUUUAUUUCAUAAAUAUGCUAUUUGACAUAGCAGGAUGAC